AUGCUGAUACCUCCGCUUGCCCGCGCCGCCUGCCGGCCGUCCCUCCACCACCUCCGCCCGCAGCACGCCUACCUCUCCGCACGCGUCUUCCCCUCGAGCGCCCUCCACAGAAAGCAUGUCCAUGGCCAGCGGACAGCCUCCCCCCAGGGAGCUCCCGCCCCAGGCUCCAAGGCUGCGGUACACAAGACCAAAGCAGCCCAGCCUGCGCAGCCGACCACCUUGCUGGCCGAGCAGACGGUGACCAACAAGGAGCAGCGCAAGGCAGACUGGGCCAUCAUCAAGGAGAUGUCGCAUUACCUGUGGCCCAAGGACAACAUGGGCACAAGGUUCCGCGUGGGCUUGAGCGUGGCGCUGCUGGUGGGCGCCAAAGUGCUCAACGUCCAGGUGCCCUUCUACUUCAAGAGCAUUGUCGACUCAAUGAACAUUGACUUCGCUGCAUUGGGGGGCACGGCUUGGACAGUCGCUGGAAGCAUGAUUGUAGCCUACGGUGCGACCCGGAUCGGCGCGACCAUGUUCCAAGAAGUGCGCAAUGCAGUCUUCGCCAGUGUCGCCCAGAAAGCCAUCAGGUCGGUUGCUUGCAAGGUCUACGAACAUCUGCUCAGGCUGGAUCAGAGUUUCCAUCUGUCGCGACAGACUGGUGGCUUGACCCGAGCCAUUGAUCGUGGAACCAAGGGUAUCAGCUUCUUGCUGACGUCCAUGGUCUUUCAUGUGCUGCCGACUGCUUUGGAGAUCUCUCUUGUCUGUGGAAUUCUGACUUACAACUAUGGUGCGAAAUUUGCCUUCAUUACCGGCACUACCAUGGUCGCAUACACGGCCUUUACCAUCCUGACCACCGCCUGGAGAACAAAGUUCCGCAAGCAAGCCAACGCCGCAGACAACAAAGCAGCAACCGUCGCAGUCGACUCCCUCAUCAACUACGAAGCCGUCAAAUACUUCAACAACGAGAAGUACGAAGUCGCAAAAUACAACAACGCGCUUCUCGGCUACGAAAAGGCUUCCAUCAAGGUCGCUACUUCCCUCGCCCUCCUCAACUCCGGCCAAAACUUGAUCUUCUCCAGCGCCUUGACCGCCAUGAUGUAUCUCGCUGCAGACGGCGUAGCGAACGGCAGCCUGACCGUCGGCGACCUUGUCAUGGUCAACCAGCUCGUUUUCCAGCUCUCCGUCCCGCUCAACUUCCUCGGCUCCGUCUACCGCGAGCUAAGGCAGAGCCUCCUCGACAUGGAGACCCUCUUCAACCUCCAAAAGGUUGAGCUUAAGGUUACAGACAAGCCCAACGCGAAGCCCCUCCUCCUCAGCUCGGGCGAGCUCAAAUUCGAAAACGUCACCUUCGGCUACCGACCCGACCGCCCCAUUCUCAAGAACCUCAAUCUGACCAUCCCCGCGGGCAAGAAGGUCGCCAUCGUCGGUCCCAGCGGCUGCGGAAAAUCCACCAUCCUCCGCCUGCUGUUCCGCUACUACGACGUGCAGGAGGGUCGCAUUCUCAUCGACGGGCAGGACAUCCGCGACGUCAGCCUGGAGAGCCUGCGCAAGGCCAUCGGUGUGGUGCCCCAGGACACGCCGCUCUUCAAUGAUACCAUCGGGCACAACAUCAAGUACGGGAACCUGGAGGCGACGGAUGCGCAGGUCAUGGAAGCGGCGCGGCGCGCUCACGUGCACGACACCAUCGCCAAUUUUCCGGAUGGGUACAACACCAUGGUGGGCGAGCGGGGUAUGAUGAUUUCUGGCGGCGAGAAGCAGCGGCUUGCGGUGUCGCGGCUUAUUCUCAAGGACCCGCCUCUGCUGUUCUUUGACGAAGCGACCUCAGCGCUAGACACACACACCGAGCAAGCCCUCCUCUCGCACAUAAACUCCAUCCUCAAAGAAAAGAAGCGCACAUCCGUCUUCGUCGCGCAUCGCUUACGCACCAUAUACGACUCCGAUCUCAUCAUUUGUCUCAAAGAGGGCAGCGUAGCAGAGAGCGGGACGCACGAGCAGCUGGUCGAUCGUGCAGGUUUGUAUUCGGAGCUGUGGUCUGCGCAGGAGACGUUGUUCACGGACGACAAGGAGGUUGCGGAGGAGGAGGUGAAGGAGCCCACGCAGUUGAAGUAG